AUGAAUAAGUUUGUUCUCCAUCAGCUUAAAGAGAUUCAAAGAAACAGACACCUUACAGUGUGUUCCAGGUUGAUUUCUUGGUUGGAAAGAGAACCAUUUUUAUAUCGACUCAUUACGUGUGAUGAGAAAUGGAUACUCUUCGAUAACAGCAGGAGGACAGGACAGUGGUCAGAUGCAGGAGAGUCACCAGAACACAAUCCAAAACCACCAUUGCACCUUAAAGAUUUGAUGGUCGCUCUAUGGUGGUCAACCAAGGAUGUUAUUCAUUAUUCAUUUUUGCAACAAGGAAAAACUGUAACAGCAACAUCCUAUUGUCAGGAAACUGAUUGUAUGCAUGAAAAAUUAAAAAAGAAGCGACCCAGAUUAGUGAACAGAGAUGGCCCAAUUUUGCUUCAUGAUAAUGCACAGCUUCACACUUCUCAAGCUACGGUCCACAAGUUGCAAAGCCUGAAUUAUGAAAUUUUGGUACAUCCUCUUUAUUCUUCUGAUAUCACCCCCACUGGUUAUCACAUAUUUAAACACUUUGAACUUGCUAAGUGUAAUAAAACAUUCUUAAAUACUUAA